CACGAAUAUCAACCACAAAACAUAGAAUUGGACUGGUAGACAUCCAAUUAGAAAUGGCUUCUGGAGAAGCAAGCGAGGAUGCUCCUCUUCUCGUUGACGGAAACAAUGUAGAGGCUCAGCGGGUGUCUCGCCCUCCCAAGUUGAGAUACGUUAUCCUUCUACUGCUGCUAGGGGAAUGCCUGUCUCACUCCGAGGCGACAAUCAUGUUCGCUGUUGGUUCCACGAUUGCCUCCAGGCUAGGCGACUUGAAGAUGGCGGGUUGGCUUGUCAUGGCCUACACUCUUGGGAGCAGCGUUGCGCAGCCGCUUUGUGCAAAGCUGAGCGACAUUUUUGGCCGCAAGUCGGUACUUCUUUGGUCGUAUGGUAUGGCUAUCGUUGGUUGUGCACUGAGCGCGGCUAGCAAAGCUCUCUGGCAAAUCAUUCUCGGGCGGGUUGUAACUGGCGUUGGCGGCGCAGGUAUCAUGAUUAUAUCCGCCAUUGUCGUUGCCGAUUCCGUUCCCAAGCGAGAGAUUGCCCAAUACAGGUCCUACAUUAACACCGCAGCUACACUUGGUAGGAGCCUGGGUGGCCCGGUUGGUGGGUUUGUCAUGGACGCCUUCGGGUGGCAGUGGGUGUUUUGGGGACGUAUUCCUCUUUUCGGCAUCUCAUUCCUGCUUCUUGUCGUCAUGCUCGAUAAUGAAUCACCCCGAGAUAAAAACUCGCAGGACAACUCAGUUAAGAGUACCUGGAGCAAGCUCCGAGCCAUAGACGGCAUUGGCGCUCUUCUCCUUUCCGUCUCCAUUACUACGACACUACUGCUCAUUAACCAGCCCGGCACAAAUGGAAACGGCACCCCAUUCUUGAUUAAUUCAAUUACUCUAGCGAUAGGCUUACCGGCCUUUGUUUUAUAUGAGCUCUACGGAACGAAGCGCCCCAUUUUCGACUUGGCCAUCCUGUCAAAGGAGAAUGUGUCACUUUCGUAUCUGAUUUCUCACUUCCAAAGCGUCGCACAGCUAUCUCUUAUGUAUUCAGUGCCUUUGUACUUUCAGGCCACGCAAAAUGCACCUGCUGCUACAGCUGGAGCUCACCUUGUUCCUGCUGUGGCUGCGAACACCGUCGGCUCUUUGCUGGCCGGCUUGGUAAUCCGCAAGACUGGACGGUAUAAGAAGCUCCUUGUCUCUACCAGCUUUGUCGGAGCAACGGGCUUUUUGCUUCUCCUCUUCCGCUGGAAUGGCAACACGUCUCUGUUGGAGUCGCUGUACAUCAUGCCAGGUGGGUUUGCCACUGGCGUGGUUCAGUCGGCUAGCUUUGUGGCAAUGGCAGCCUUCCUGGGCCCAAACGACAUCAGUAUGGCAACAGGCAUGUUCUUUUUGGUAUCGAGUCUUGGAACUGCUGUAGGGGUUGGCGGCAGCGAUAGGAUAACGCAACUCUUCUUUCGGAGACAUCUUGAGAGCAGGCUUACCGGGCCAGAAGCCGCAGAGAUUAUACGGAAUGUUACGAAUGACAUUGGAGCUAUUCACAAGUUACCGAGCAGCGUUUCGAGUACUGUCAUCGGUUCAUUCGUGGACGCCUUAAAGGUUACCUACACUUUUGGUCUAUCUAUGGCUACGCUCCCAUCACUUUUAUCUAUGUUCUUAUCCAAUAGUAGUCUAUAAAGUUUAUACAACGUCAUAGAAUUAUAC